CCCGCCGCGCCGCCGCCCGGAGCGCGGAGCGGGCAGCAGGACGCCUGCACGUCGUGCGGCGGCUUCCGCCGGCCCGAGGAGCCGGGCCGAGUGGACGGCGACUUCCUGGAGGCGGUGAAGCGGCACAUCUUGAGCCGCCUACAGAUGCGGGGCCCGCCCAACAUCACGCACGCGGUGCCCAAGGCCGCCAUGGUCACUGCCCUCCGCAAACUGCACGCCGGCAAGGUGCGCGAGGACGGCCGCGUGGAGAUCCCGCAUCUCGACGGACACGCCAGCCCCGCAGCCGAAGGCCAGGAGCGGGCGUCGGAGAUCAUCAGCUUCGCCGAGACAGAUGGCCUUGCCUCGUCCCGGGUCCGCCUGUAUUUCUUCAUUUCCAACGAGGGCAACCAGAACCUGUUUGUGGUUCAGGCCAGCCUGUGGCUGUACCUGAAAUUGCUGCCAUACGUCCUGGAGAAGGGCAGCCGGCGGAAGGUGCGGGUUAAGGUGUACUUCCAGGAACAGGGGCGCGGUGACCGGUGGAACGUCGUGGAGAAGAAGGUGGACCUCAAGCGCAGUGGCUGGCACACCUUCCCGCUCACGGAGGCCAUCCAGGCGCUGUUUGAGCGCGGGGAGCGGCGGCUGAGCCUGGAUGUGCAGUGUGAGGGCUGCCCUGAGCUGGCCGUGGUGCCCGUGUUUGUAGAUCCCAGCGAGGAGUCCCACCGCCCUUUCGUGGUGGUGCAGGCGCGGCUGGGCGACAGCAGACACCGAAUUCGCAAGCGGGGCCUGGAGUGUGACGGCCGCACCAACCUCUGUUGCAGGCAACAGUUCUACAUUGACUUCCGUGUCAUCGGGUGGAACGAUUGGAUCAUCGCACCCACAGGCUACUACGGAAACUACUGUGAGGGCAGCUGCCCAGCCUACCUGGCGGGGAUCCCUGGGUCGGCAUCCUCCUUCCACACGGCGGUGGUGAAUCAGUACCGCAUGCGCGGGCUGAACCCCGCCAUGGUAAACUCCUGCUGCAUCCCCACCAAGCUCAGCACCAUGUCCAUGCUCUACUUCGAUGACGAGUACAACAUCGUGAAGCGCGAUGUGCCCAACAUGAUUGUGGAGGAGUGUGGCUGUGCCUGACCACUGGCCGGGGUGUGGAGGACGGUCCCAGAUGGGCUUCUCCCGGCCGCUCUGGGAACCGGGAGUGCACGGUGGACUGAGGGCCAUCCUUCCAGGGGUGCAGAGAUGGUGCCAGGGUAAGGCCUGAUGUACUGUUCUACUGCAUGUGGCAACAAGUCAAACACAGAGCAAGGACCCUCAACGGAUACGAAAUACUUUCAAAUGCACAUAUAACGCGCACAGCCAGAUGCAUCCUGCCUCCCACACUGCAGCCUCUAGGAUACCAGCAAAUGGAUGUGUUGACAAAUGGCAGCUGAGCCACAAAUGCCUGUCAGUCUGAGAGAAUGGGGUGAGCAGCCUCCAUCCCACCAGCUGGCCUGGCCACUCUGAAUCGCGCCUUCUGAGCAUACAUAAAAGCACAAAGGCAGGCAGGCAGACAGACAGACAGAGAGAGCGAGCUGCAGAGAGGCAAAGCAGGGAGUGUGUGGGCAGACAGAGGGCUGUGCGUCACCCUUGGCUUGUACCAGGCCUGCUCUGCCUCCCCUGCCUGGCGUCCUUCAUGCUGCAAGACCAGGGAGCCUCGUGGGGGAAGAGGGCCAGAAAGGACCCCCCCUGUGGGGCGCCGUUAGAGACGGGCCAGUGAGCAUUGGACUGUUGGCCACGGGACCCUGACAGGACUUGAUGUGCUUGUUUAUGAGGUGAGGAGGGGGUGUUCAUUUGAUGCUUUAACUGAUUAUUAGCAGUCGACAGGUCGUUUGUAUCUGUUAUGUAAUGGAAAGGGGGAUUUUCUACCAGGUAUGACUUUUAAGUUAAAAAUUUAAUUGUUCUACAUGGAAAAAAAAAAAGUUGCACUCUAUGCCCCCUUCAGUGGGGACACCCGGGCCUGUUGUCUGGUUUGGAGGGAGGCGUAGGGAAGGACUCCGAGGCAAAGAGAUGAGCCCAGGAGAGAAAAUAGUGGGGCGAAGGCAUUCUGGAAGUGCCCUGGGUGGCCCCUUAGCAGAAGGGGAGAACUGAUCUGGCCUUGGAGAGGUGGGGAAGGCUUUUAGCUACUUUGCAGAAGUUGCCAAGGUGGGCCCGAGCCACCAAGGCUGGCCGUGGACUUGGCCCUGCCAGCUUGCCUGCCCACCCGCCCCGCGUAGCACUUGCAGGCCUGCCUGAAUGCACAUGAUUCUAGCACUUGCCGAUCUCCAUGUGUCCAGAGGUGGCCCUUGGCAGAGCGCAGAACUUGCCCACCCUCUGGACAUCCAAGUGCCACGUGAACUAUGCAAUUUAAGGGGUUGACCCUCACUAGAAAAAACUGGACUCCUAUGACUCUUUUUCUAUUUUUUUAUACUUGAAAUGAAAUCCUUUGCUUCUUUUUUAAGCGAAUGAUUGCUUUUACGGUUUGCACUGAUUUAGUUGCAUGAUUAGUCAGAAACUGCCAUUUGAAAAAAAAGAAGUUAUUUUUAUAGCUGCAAAAAAAUGGAAUACAGUAAAUGUAUUAUACAUAAUUUUGGUACCAAAGAGGCCAACAGAUCAGUUUUAAUUUUUAUUAGAUGGCAAGGCCAUCUUCCGUGCUGUAGAUGUUCUGGAUAAUCCCUUGAGUGGCCUGCCAGCAUUUCAGGGUAUAAAUGGAUUUUGUUUAUUCAGUUCGAUGCGUCUUUUCUAUCCUCACACACCUAGCAGGUCAAGUAAAACUGGCAAUGGUAGAACACAGAUGUGCACCCUUACAUCUCCAACUUUAUGUUUAUUUAAUAAAGCUCCCCUUAGGUUCUGUCUCAUAAUAAUUUAAAACCAAACAAUUGCCCCCAUAGAUGUGCUGUUAAAGUAUUUUAUGUAUAUGUACAGUUUAAGAAAAUAAAGGAUGGAGUGUG